CUAGGCAAUGCAAUAUGUAGCUUAUUGGGGUCUAUUCAACUAUGAAAUAUACAACUUUUAUCCAUUUUACGUUUUUUUGUGGUGUGUAAAUCUCUAAAAACAAGCGACGAUGAAAUUGUCCCGGAUAUAAAUGAUACACGAAAAUCACGAUGAAUGCAGUUGACAAGAACUGGUCAUGGAUCGUUCUGUUUGGAGCGUUUCUUGCAAACCUCCUGGCUGGGGGUAUUAUAUUUAGUUUUGGAAUAUUGUACACUGACUUUAUCGACCGCCUGGAAACAGAUGCUUUACCAACGGCUGUCAUUGGUGGACUUGCAUUCGCAUGCAGUUGUUUUGUAGCACCAUUUUCACGAACAAUGACCUUGAAGCUAGGUUACAGAUUCGUUACGGUGCUGGGUGCUGUUAUAGCGUUUCUUGGUCUGUUGCUGUGCUGUUUUGCACCUUCUAUACACUAUUAUUACGUGUUCUUUGGUGUCCUGUGUG